GUCAGAACGCGUGAAGAGUAGAGACUGCGUUCUUCACGUACAGCUUUCCAUGUUCUUGUGACGGGUGAUUCGUUCUACAUCACGACACCCUUAUCGCGACUUCACGUGCACUCGCGAGUCACUAACUGUCUCGAUCAUGACGUGUAUCUCUCGCCUUUGCCUUUCGCCUCCCGCUGUCUCCUACUCACCUUCUCUUUUCUAGUGCUUUCUUCUUCAUUUCCACAACUUCUCAUCAUGUCUGAAGCCUGCUGCACUUGCGCUACGUUGCUAUCCUCUAUUCCGCCGACCUACGACGAGAAGACAGAGAAGCCAACUCAGUUUGAGCGCCGCCUCGAUUGCUGCGGCCGUGCCAUCUGUGCUCGAUGCUUGACAGAUAAUCCUCGGUUCGCGAACUACUGUCCUUACUGCCAGAUAUCUACUGGCCCAUCCUCGCUUCCGGCGCAAGGACUACGUGACCCUCCCACGUAUUCGCCACUGAUUGAGGGGCAAGGAGACGAGGAACUACCGCCAUAUGCAGCGCACAACUCCCUGCAGCCCUUAUCUGAGAAGUCGGAGGCGAACGCUGAAAAUGCGCCUGAUGUUUUGCACUUUAUCGAUCCGAACAACGACUCGAUACUCUCCUUGUCUGUACGAUAUGGAGUACCUGCCAAUGCACUGCGCCGUACAAACAACUUGUAUGCAGACCAUCUUCUAGCGGCGCGGAGGACUAUUCUCAUACCGGGAGAGCAUUACAAGGGCGGAGUCAGCCUGAGUCCGCGGCCAUUAGAAGGCGAAGAGGAAGAGAUCAAGAAGACUAAGUUGAGGAAAUUCAUGGUGGGAUGUAAACUUGCCGAAUAUGAUGUUGCCCUUAUGUACCUAGAGCAAGCGGGUUACAAUCUCGAACAAGCGGUGUCCGCCUUCAAGGCUGACGAGAAGUGGGAAAUGGACCACCCUCUGGAAGCAGCGAAGAAGGGCAAAUCAAAGGAACCAAAGAGCUCGGGGAGACGGAAAUGGGGCUUUGGAAGUGGUCUCACGGGUCAACUUUCAUAGCGUGAACGAUGCAUCUGUUCGGCUGUGGCGUUGCAGAGAUGGAUGGAUGGGUAGACAGGGGCUAUCGCUGAACUAAAUGGGCGUUUGUGGUUUUGACUGUAUUGAUGAAACGUCAGACAAGCGCUUUGCUCCUGCUUAGGCAUGCAGUGCAUUAUGAGGCGUUGCUGACAUUUAUACAUAAUUUGUACUACCAGGGAAUGGAGCGCACUGACGUCUUUCGUUUCCACUACCACAUUUUAUUUAUUGCUUAUGCUCCGGAUUUCAGCAGUUUCUUGAGACUCAUCAAAUCGAA